AUCAGUAUCACAGUUCAUUUUCAACUUGUCGUGUUAGGUUUCCACACCGUUUUAACAAAAUCAAAAAAUGAAGUCCAUCAUCCUUCUGCUGAUCGCUUCGCUGGCCGUGGCCACAUCCGGAUCGUACCUGCCAACGGCUUGGCCGUACGCUGCUGCCGGCUGGAACUCGGGCGCCUGGAACACCGUGGGAGUCCUUCCCUACGCCAACAGCUGGUCCUAUCCGUCGGUGUACAACAAUGGCUGGAAUAACGGCUGGAACGGUGGACUCGUGACCAAGGUUAAGCCGUGGGGUCUUUCGUACGGUGCCGGCUGGGGAUACCACGGGCUGGCGGCCCGCUCGGUCGUUCCAGUGGAGAAGCAGAUUGCGGCCACUCCCGGAUCGUUGGACAUCUCGCCGGUGCCAGUUGGGGGUGAGCGAUUCGUUGGAUAUUGAGGAAAUGUUGAAAGGGACUACUGAAUUGGCGUGGAUUACUGGCAGUAUUAAAAUGGAUUAAGUAUUUUUUUUAAAUAAAGUUGUUUCACAACAUCAA